AUGGCAGAUUUGGUAGAAAGCAAAGAAUGGUAUUUAACUGCAUAUUGCCCUGAAGGUGUUCCAACCUCAGAUCAUCUCAAACUCCGCACUGUCUCUCUUUCUCUUGACUCUGAUUCAAUCCCUGAUAAUCAUCUAGUAGUUGAAACUCUUCUUCUCUCCGUCGACCCUUAUCUUCGUGGAAGAAUCACUGGCUCCUUAGAAGGGCUUUUCAUUUCACAAUAUCAACUUAACCAGGCGAUUACAACAUUUGCAGUUGCAAGGGUGAUUAGAUCAAAGGACAGUAGAUACAGUGAGGGAGAUAUUCUUCUAUGUCCAUCUUCUCCUGUCGCUGAGUAUGCUAUUGUGCCAUCUUCUCAAAUAGCUAGAAAAAUUGAUACUGAAAAUGGAAUUUCUUUGUCUGAUUAUCUUGGCGCUUUAGGAGUAUCAGGUUUUGCAGCAUGGGUUGGAAUAGAGGUGCUUGGAGAUCCAAAGGCAGGAUCAAAUGUGUUCAUAUCUGCAGCUUCAGGUGCUGUUGGUAUGAAUGCUGGACAGCUUGCUAAGAUUAGAGGAUGUAGGGUCAUUGGAAGCACUGGGUCUGAUGAUAAGGUAACCUAG